CCCACUGAGGAGGAAAUGCUCUAGUGUGGCUCCAUUGUGUGGGGUGAGUGUGGACAGUGAGAGGAGCAGAUGUUGAUUGUUUAAGGGACGGCAAUCCCAAUCUAGACCUGGACCAGGAGCUGUCUUGUCAUCGGGAUUGAGCAGAUCUGGUGCACUAGGCCCAGGACUCUGCCUUGGCUCGUGCUGCUUCUGUCCCCAAGCUUCCUGCACCCCAACCUCCUUGAGUCAGCGUGGAAGAAGAUUGUGAGACCAAACAGAGGCAGGACGAGGAAGCAGAGAGAUCCCAGAAAGCAGAAGUGGGCCCUGCAGAGGGGACCCUCUGUGAGGAGGCUUGAAAUUAUCCCCCCUCACUAGCCUGGCAUUGCUGUGGUUGACGUCUGUGCUGCAGACAUGACCCCAGGGGAUGGGAGGUCAUGGCUGCCUGCAGCACUGCUCCUUCUGCAGGUCCCAGGCUUUGUUUCCCAGUUUCUGAGUAGUCCCAUCUCCCUGGUGGGCACCGUGGGGCAAUCCGUGAGUGUGAUAUGUCCAUAUGAGAAGAUCUAUGAAAACAAUACCAAAUACUGGUGUAAAAGCCCAUGUUUGUGGAAGACUGUGGAGACCGCAGUCCCAGAUGUAGAAGCGUGGAAUGGCCGUGUGUCUAUCAGGGACAUUUCUGCGACCCUCUCCUUCAGAGUGACCAUGAGGAACCUCAGAGAGGAGGAUGCUGGGACAUACCUGUGUGGGAUUGAUACAUCAGAUGUUCCAGGAUUUGUGUUCGAUCUCACCUACCCAGUUGUGGUGACUGUGACCCCAGGUCUUCACACCCUGGUAGACCCCACAGUGAAUACCGAAGCCUCGGACGACUACUACGCCUCCAGCCUAUAUUCUGGGUCCCUGCUCAGCAGCAUCUACUUCUGGCUCCUGGUCUUCCUGGAGGUGCCCCUGGUCCUGAGCAUGCUCAGUGCUGUCCUCUGAGGGAACAGGCCUCAGAGGGGAUCUGGCGGGAGGCAGUAUCUGCCCGAUAAUGACUAUUGGUAACACCAGUUGCCUAUUGACGACCUGCCCAGGAACACAGCCCAUCUGAUGAAUGGGAAUGGCCUUCUGACCAACACAUCCAGCCAUCGUCCUUAUUUUAUUCCGAAUACUCUGUAAACUUUUUUGUAAAUUUUCCUGCAAAGUAUCAUAGACACAAAGAAUGUUCCCAAUAAAUGCAUACUCCUUGAAGCCCAAAUACUCUUCAACCCUUGGAUAUAUCGUGAAUAUUUCUGAAGUCCCUCUGAGGAAACCAACUAUGAAUUUUACAGUCAUGUUCUCCUUGUUUUCUUUAUGGGUUUGCUGCAUAUUUGCAAAUUAUUUACUCUAGGUCAGUUCAUAAAAGGCACCAAAGUUAAAAAAAAACAAAAAAACUUUUAUUUCCAAGGUCAUUGGUCUUCUUAUAAUACUUCUUUCCCA